CUUCACUGUUGGUGUUCCAAUGAAUGAAGGUCCUAUCGUUUUGCGCGGUUCGGAUCCUUCAACAAUUACGCUUGUCAUUUCGUGGCUCAACCAAAAUUCAUCGACUACUCAGGAAGCUGAGGGUGACUUUCUGAACAACUACAACGGCAACACGCAGCAACAACAGAGACCUCGAGUCUCUCUGGGUGGAGCGGCAACAAGCGUUUCUGCGCCUCAUCCGAUUUUUUGGAGGACACGACAAGUCCAGCAGUAUCUGUCGAGCAUAGAGGUUUUAGACCGGUACCAAGAGGUUUUGCGACUCAGACGAAACUCACAGGAAGAGCAACAACCUGAGACUAUGAUUGAGGCGUCAGGCAACAACGCCGAGGACAACACCUCGUGGUAUUUGGACUCGAGAUCUGUUUCGGUCAAGGAAGGCUCGCAGACAGACUCUGAAGUGUACCUCAGGUCUGACAGCAACACCACUACCACUAGCAGUGCUAGCAGUUUCGACUCGCAGGACCAGAAGGUGCUACUAACCGCACAAGAACCUGAGUCCACGGACAAGCCCAUAGCCGGCCCUUUGGACAAUCCUCUCCUUCGAGCCUUUAUUCUGGACUUAGACGACGCUGAAAUGAACCCGAUGCUUCACUUGGUGACCAACAUGAUGACGCCGAUGUACUUCAAUGAUCAGGAGGCAGAGGUUGUCCGCCACUUCAUGCUGCACAAAAUCCAGAACACGAUCAACAACAUCCAGCAGCGCAUGGAUAUGGUGAACCUAGGUGCUUUCCCAUUCCUGCAACCUGAAGAAAUCGAAAUCCCAGAAGAAGAAUCCGAUGAGACUGAGGAAGAUUCCGAUACCGAAACUUUGCUCGAGGAACAAGAAGCACUCGACAGCACUGAGGAUGAUGAGAAUGACGAAGCUUCAGCCUCUCUUGUCUUUUCUGAAGAUUCCAACACGUUGGUUACUGAGGCCGCAGUACCUAAGGAAACACGCGUAGAGUCGGUCACCGAAGCAGACCCAGUUGAGGAGCUUCAGGUGGAGCCAGUCGGUGACGAAGGUGUCACUGAGAUUUCUAUGCAGCUGGUCAAGCAGAUGAUGGAGCUCAAGAGUAACAAGAAAAGACGCGCCUUGGUGAAAAAGUCCCGGACGCUGGUCAGCGAAAAAGAGCAGGCGGUGCUCGAGUACUUUGAGCACAGCUUGCGCACUAAGGAAACGUCUUGGUGGAAAUGCUUUUGAUGAGUUUGAAAUAUAAUCAAUUUCGCUACAGGA